AUGACCUCAGCAGAGUUAUCGCACCCUAAGAUGGAUGUAGAUGAUGAUUAUAACAGCGAGAGUGAUGAUGAUGAUGAUGACUUUAACCUGAUCCAGCCAUCACUGUUCCAACAAAUAAAGACCAUCCUCGAUCAGUAUCCGGAUGAUGGACAGAUAUUGAAGGAGCUCAUUCAAAAUGCUGAGGAUGCACGUGCGAGCCACGUGAAGUUUCUUUACGACAAACACAGCUACAGCGCUCGAGAAGAGAAGCUUUAUAGCGGAGGGCUUCGUCAGUUUCAGGGGCCUGCACUUUAUGCAUACAAUGAUGCAAAAUUCACUAAAGACGACUGGAGAGGCAUACGAAUGCUUUGUGACAGCGUCAAAGUCAAGGACCCAAUGAAAGUAGGACGGUUUGGCCUAGGUUUCAAGUCUGUUUUUCACCUGACAGAUUUACCGAGUAUUCUGAGCGGCACAAAAGUCGGUUUCAUCGAUCCCCACGAGGACCACUUCAAUAAAGGACGAAGAGAAAGGAGAACAGGAUACCGUUGGCACCUGCGCAAAGACCGUGAAAAUAUGAACAGAAUACCUGAUCAAUUUCUUCCCUACAAAGGAAUAUUUGAUUGCACCGAGGAAGUCUUUCUUAAGGGACGUUACAGAGGAACGUUGUUCCGCUUUCCGUUGCGUACUGAACCAUCUGAGCUGUCCCAAACAUUGUACUCUGACGAAAAGGUGGAACAUCUGUUUGCGAGUUUUUGCGCCGAUGCACACUUUGUGCUCCUGUUUCUUCAGCAUUUAGAAUCUGUAGAGCUUUUCGUCCGAGAGAAGUCAGAAUCCGAGCCACGAAAAAUAUUCCAAGUUCAAAUCAGUCAUGAAAGUCUUGCAUUUGUUCGUGAGAAGAGACAAGAGUUUUACAACGCGAUCACACCAGGCAAGCGUAUGGCAGAACCUGUGACAGUGACGUAUCCAAUUACAAUGGUAGUCCAAUUUUCAAAUGAAAACGUAGAACGUCAUUCUUAUCUCGUGACAAGUUACUGCAGCGGAGGUGAGGUCUCGUCCACGUUUGAAAAGCUUCUGACAGACAAAGAGCUAAGUUAUCUACCUUCAGUUGGCGUUGCAAUGGCAAUUCCAUCAGAGUCCACUUCAGGAACGCCCAACAUUCGAGGUCACGUGUUUUGCGCCCUCCCUUUGCCUGUGCAGAAAAAGAGCUUAACUGGUCUUCCGGUGCAUGUGAAUGGCUUUUUCUCAUUAAGUCAGAACAGACGACACAUAAAGACACCGAAUGCAGACCAAGAAGAUCAAGAGAAACUAACUGACAAGUCUUUGUUAUGGAACACCUGCCUUCUGGAAGAAGCUCUACCUCAAGCGUACUCCACAUUGAUAAAGGAGGCCAUUGAUCAUACAAACUAUAAUGUUCCACCAGAUGCAAUUUACAGAGCGUGGCCAGAUUGCAGGAAAGUGGAACCAACUUGGGAGAGGCUCCAGAAUCCCUUGCUCCAAUCAUUGAUUACUGAAAGAGUGAUAUAUACUCCUGCCCGUGGGGGGCACUGGCUGAAAGUUGACGAGGCCAUAUUUGACCGAAUUGAAGAGGAGAAGAUGAAAGAGUUGAUCGUGCGGGUUCUGCUUCAAGCAGAUCAAAAUGUUGCCUCUUUGCCUGACCACGUAUUAAGCGCCAUAGACCAGUAUGCAGCUUUCUCUUCAGAAGUCACACCCUCCUCGAUGCGAAGAAUCUUAAAGGAAAUACCUACUGGCUACAAAAGUAUCAGUCACAAGGAAAAGUUGUCCCUUUUAAGCUUUGUUCUCGAAGAUGAUAACUUUCAAGAGUUGGUUGGCCUUGAACUUUUGCCUGUUUCUGACGGGACGUUCAAAUCUUUUACAAGCUCCGACGUAGCCGUUUUCAUCACCUCGCCUGACCAUUCUCAAGAGCUGGUGCCUGGGCUUAACGACAAAUUUCUUGACCAAAACGUUGAUGAAAGGACUUUAGGAAAACUUAAAGCAGUAGCUGAAAAAGGAUGCACUCAGUUAAAACUUCUUUGCAAAGUUGAUGUACCUGUUCUGCUGAGGGAGGCCUUAUCACAAGAACUGCUAUCCAGUGACAAGGUUCGAUGGUACCCCGACAAUCAAAAGUAUCGCCAUACCUCCAGAGAUUGGCUCAGCAGUGUAUGGCGCUACCUAAGAGAAAAUUUUUCCACUAAAGAUGAACUAGCCAGCCUUGACGAAUACAACCUUCCUUUGAUUCCUGUAGAUCUUUACCAAGUACCGUUAACCUUAGUAUCACUGAAGAAAAAGUCUAAAGUUGUUGCGGAAAGGCUCAAUGAUGACCAACUUGAUGGCGCCGUGGUGAAAGUUUUGAUAGAGUUGGGUGUGGUGGUAAUGAGCGCGUGCCCUACAAAAUUCCAUCCGGAGUUAACGGGGACAUUUGUUCACCCACCUUCAAUCUCAGGGGUCCUACAAGCUAUGUUAGUUUCCUCCUUAACUUUGUGCCAAGGAAUGUUCUCUGCAAUUAUGCUUGAAAGGGUAGACGAUGCCUCCAAACGCUCAUUUAGGAAAUUUAUUUCGAAAAUUUCAUCUCUUCGGAAGGAAGAAAAGGAUCUUGUCUCUGAUCUCCCACUUUUUGAGACUCUCUCUGGGAACUUUGUGGCUAAGAAAGAUCACCUUUGUGCAGCGCCAGAGGAGAUGCCUCCAAUUUCUCCCAGAGGAGAGCUCAUUAACAUCAAAGAUGAAGAAUCCAAGAAACUAGCACAACUGCUAGAUAUCAGAAUUUUAACGGUAACUGAGUUGCUCUGUGAACAAAUUCUUCCUAACAUCAGCCAAGGGCAUUACUCGGGAAAGGAUAUUGAUCGCCUAAUGUUCUAUGUUAUGGAGCAAUAUAAAUUUCUCGUUAGAAGGGAUAGCAAUUUAGAAGCGAUGAUGAGAGAGUUACCCUUUGUGCCAAACAUCACUGGACGAGUGAAAGCCUCGCAACUGUUUGAUCCCCAAAACGAGCUGAUGAAGGCCCUUUUUACUGAUGAAGACGUAUUUCCCGUAGGAAACUUAUAUACUGACACAUCAGUCCUCCCAAUUCUAAAGGAACUUGGCUUGAAAAGCGAGGAAAUGACAACUGCUCAAGAUCUCCACCAGAGUGCUGUAAAGAUCCAAAAUCAGCCAAGCGUUUUAACAGCAAAGAAGAAGUCUCGUGCACUUUUGGAACACUUGAGCAAAAAUCCAAUGAAACUCGAAGAUACUCUCUCGGGUAAAACGUUGGGUUCGCUGCUUAAAGGUAUUUCGUGGAUGACUGCACUGGAAGAAAAGCCCAGAGAUUUUCCCAAAUGCGUUCCCUUUUGGGGGGAAGCUAAUAAAGGAAUGUUAUGCACGCCAGAGAACGUCAAGGGCAAAGAGUAUCUCAACCUGAUUGGCUCGGUACAACCUAUCAUUGAAGUAGACCAAUCAAGUCAGUUAUGCAGUUAUUUUGGCUGGAAUGAGGAACCACAAGUAUCUCAAGUGGUUUAUCACUUAGGAACUGUCGUCAUUCAUUACAAACACGAGGAGAGACCGCGAUUCAGUUUGCUUGUGAAAGAAAUUUACGAAUUUCUGUCUUACAAGAACAGGGGUGAUGUCGUGGAGGCAAUUCAGGACUUGAAAGACCCUGGCUGGAUCUGGAAUGGCGACGGAUUCUCCCCUCCUAAUGCUCUCCUCUUGAACGACCAUUCCAUCGACCUUUCGCCUUACAUCUCUGUUCUUCCUUCAGAGAUGUCCAUGUACUUCGACUUAUUUGAUUCUUUUGGCAUUAACAAAGACUGCAGUGAGCAGUUGAUGCUUGAUGUUCUUUCCAUGAUUAAAAAAAAGUACGAUCAAGGUCUCUAUGAGACAUCAGAUGUGAAAAAAGAUCUGUCUUUGUGCAUUUCCAUCCUGAAUGAACUGAAGCCAGAUGCUAAUCGACAAUUAUCGCCUGAAGUUCAAGAGAAAGUUCUUCUUCCAACUUACGUAAAAGGAGAUACACGUGUUAACCUUGCACCAGUAGGAAAUUGCAUGUAUGGAGAAUAUGACGGAUCAGAAGGAGAAAAUGAGGACGAAGAGGUUGAAUUUCUGCUUGUGCAUCCAAACAUCCCUGCAGGAACAGCAGAGCUUUUUAACGUACGAAGCCUCAGUAACUGCCUGCUAGAACCAGAAGAGCUGACGUUGGGAGAAGAUUUUGGACAAGAGGAGAAGCUCACUCGAAGGCUAAACAGACUACUGGAGGAAUACACCGAUGGAUUUGCAGUACCCAAAGAGCUUAUUCAGAAUGCAGAUGAUGCUGGCGCCACGGAAGUACGCUUUUUGUAUGACGAGCGAACUAAUGAGGAUGCGAUAGACGGCCUCAUUGACGAAGGAAUGAGACACUGUCAGGGUCCUGCAUUGUGGGUUUAUAAUGAUGCCGAAUUCAAGGAUGAGGAUUUUGAGAACAUUACAAAAUUGAAUGGUGCAACGAAAGAGAAUGAUACCGACAAGAUUGGAAAAUUCGGGCUUGGUUUCAAUGCAGUUUACAACCUGACAGAUGUCCCCAUGUUUGUAAGCCGAAAUCAUUUUGUUAUUCUCGAUCCCAACACGUUCUACCUAGGGAAACAAAUUAGGAACAAAACGAAACCAGGAAUAAAGCUUGAUACCACCAAAAAUUCCAAAAGACUGCGAAAGUUUCGAAAUCAGUUCAGGCCAUUCAAUGGUAUCUUUGGUUGUGAUCUUCAUCUAAACCAAGACGACAACUCGUACAAAGGGACACUAUUUCGCUUUCCCUUACGAACUGAGCAGCAGGCUAUACAAAGUGAAAUAAAGCAACUUGUUUACAACCGGAAGCAAGUUCAGGAACUGUUGAAACGUGUCACUCAAGGAGCUGAAUCAUUGCUUCUGUUUACUCAGAAUGUUCGUCAUAUCAGCAUCUACCAUUUACCUAAUGAUGUAACUGAGCCGUUACAGCCCAGGAAAAUAUUUGAGGUCACCAAAUCAUUAUCACAGGAUGGAGUAAGACGGGAACUGCCUGAUAAAAUUACUCUUCCAACUACUGCCAUGAAGCUGAGCACAGAAGAUCAGUUCUUAUUGAAACAGUGUAAUUUUCUGCGAGCGUCAUCUGAAGUCAGCAAGCUAAGCCGUGGAUACAGCGAGUCCGCUCCCGCUCUCCUUAGCUCUGCUCUGACACUGAAGAUCAAAAGCACCGUAUCAGAAUAUGGCAGCAGUUUCUUGGAAUGUAGCGUUUCUAGUAAUGAUGACAUUUGGCUUGUCGUCUCAUCUAUGGGCAAAGGUGCAGCCAUGCAAUUCGCGAAGAAAGACAGCAGUCUUCUUGCAUCAGCGGGGGUUGGUGUUCAGAUCUCAACUAAAGAUUCUCUAACUCCGGUACCUAUUUGCGAUGAAACCAAAGGAUCAAAGGCAAAUGGCAGUGUUUUUUGUUAUCUUCCACUUCCCAUCUGUAAUGGACUACCUGUACACAUAAACGGAACGUUUGCAGUUUCCUCAAACAGACGAAAUUUGCUGGUGAAAACCGAAGAUGAUAAGGCUAAUUUUGGACAAGAGUGGAAUGAAGUGCUUUUAAAAGAUUGCGUUUGCUCUGCAUAUCUUGACCUUCUUGAAGACUUAAAGUCCUUUUCACAGGCCUCAAACAAUGCAUACCAAUAUCACACACUGUGGCCAAAAUGUGCCGAAGUUAUGUCAACUUGUGAGCCCCUUGCACGUUCAUUCUAUGAAUAUCUUUUAAAUGGAAAUAAGGCUGUUUUUUCGGAUGGCAAGAGUUGGUUGGCCAUCAAUGAAACUGUCUUCCUAACGCCAGACCUACGUGAGGAUUCUCAAAUAGGAAACAUAUGCUUCGAAGUGUUCAAAUUGUUGGUUGAAGGUAAUGGAGCUGUAAUUGAUCUACCCAGAAAUGUGUUUGAGUCUUUUAAGAAGUAUGGUCUUGCUGAAAAAAUCCACUCCCGAAGCUACGAUACGAGUAGGUUCUUUUUGGAAUUGUUCUUCCCAAACAUUGGUUUAGUGCCCCCUGACCUGAGGGACAACUUGGUCUUGUAUGCCCUUGAUUCUCAAAGAGAAGAGUUGAAUAAUGCAAUGAAAGUGUAUGCUUACAUUUCCGUAUCACCAGAUCGUCAUAACCUUAAAUGCCCCUCUCAACUUAUUGAUCCACGUAGAUCUGCAGCGUUGUUAUUUUCUCCGGAAGAUCAAAGGUUUCCUGAAGAGGCAUUCAGACAACCUUUUCACCUCCAUCAACUAGAGCAGCUUGGAAUGUUGACAGACGAUCUUCCGUGGUCUGACGUUGUAGAAAGGGCAGAAUCCGUCGUACGUCUGAGCCAAACUUGUAGUAAGGCUGCAUCGGAGAGGGUAAAAAGGCUUAUAGAGUUUCUCGACAAAAAGUGUAAGGAUAAUGAAAAUUGCCUUCCCUGGACCAAAGAGAAACAACUCCUUUUGGAAACUAAAUUUCUCCCAGUUCUUUCGAGGCCGCAGACCUUUCCCUUGAAAUGGAAAGGUAGUGAAAUGAUACACGGGGAUAAACUAGCGUUGAUAUCACCAACUCAAGGCUUUCUAAAGGAGAACUUGUACCUCGCGUGCUCUUCGGCACCAAUCAUAGACGCUAGUAUCCCGCCAAACGUGAAACGAUUUCUGCAGUUCGAUAAACGAGAGGUCACGACGAAGCAAGUUCUGACCCAGCUAAAUGAGGCAAUCUCUACCAAAUUUGAAGUCUGUUGUAUAGAAGAUGUGAUGAAAGUUUGUCAUGCAUGUUACAGCUUCCUUCAAGAUGUUCUUCCCCGCGAUGCAGAUCAAAUAGCUAGGUUCCUUGAAGGAAAAAAGUUCAUUCUUGUUGGAAACGGGUUUGUGUAUGGAAAUAAAGUUGCGUCAUCGCUGCUUGUCGACUGUUCUCCGUACUUGCACAAGAUCCCUGAAGAACUGGUCAGGUACUCAAGGCUUAUGAAAGAAGGUGGUAUAAGAGAACAGUUUGAGGUGGAAGACUUCAUAUCUACACUCAAACAAAUUAAGGAGGAAUUUGGAAUGCGAAAGGUGGAUAGUGGCACGCUGAUUGUUGUAUGCAACCUGGCAGCUCAACUGAAAAGAGCGUUGGAUACUACCGGAAAUCGUUUCACUCCAGAGCAAAGGAGGAGUUCAAUUUAUCUUCCCAACCAGAAGGGAAUAAUGCAACCUGUAAGUGAGCUUUGCAUUAAAGAUUGCCCCUGGAUUCCUGGUGGCCCUGGUAUGCAGUUUGUUUUUUCAGAUAUUCCUUGGCCAACAAGUCUCGCACUGGGGGUCAAAACCCUCAAAGAAGAGGCAGUAGGAAAUCAUGCGCGAGGACUUGCGUUUGGGCAAAAGGAGAAACUGACGAAUCGCCUAAAGAGAAUUCUUACAGGCUAUCCUUGUGGGAAAGAGCUUUUGAAAGAACUACUCCAGAAUGCAGAUGAUGCACAAGCAACUGAGAUAUGUUUUAUAAAGGACCCCCGUGUUCAUCCACGGGAGAAGUUAUUUCACGAAAGUUGGGAACCAUUACAAGGACCAGCGUUAUGCGUAUACAACAACAAGCCGUUUAGUCAUUCUGAUAUCGAAGGCAUACAAAACCUCGGAGAGGGUGGUAAGGGAGGUGAUCCACACAAAACAGGGCAAUACGGCGUGGGUUUCAACGCGGUCUACCACCUGACUGAUAUUCCCUCGUUAAUGUCUAAAGGUGACGAGAUUGGUGAGGUUCUGUGUGUAUUUGAUCCACAUUGUCAGUACGUUCCUGGCGCCACUCCUCAAGAACCAGGGAGAAUGUACACAGAAACAUCAGAAUUGAAGGAAAACUUUCCAGAUGUGUUCUGCUGCUAUCUUGAAGAGAAGUUUCCCAUUGAAAAUUCAACUAUGUUCAGAUUCCCUCUACGAACGCAAGAAAUGGCUAAUAAUUCGGAGUUGUCAUCCACUCCGGUUACGUUGGAAGCAUUGAGUGAAAUGAUGGAGGCUCUCAAGAAAGAGCUCUUUGAAGUUUUAGUUUUUGUCAACAAUGUGACGAAAAUCACAUUAUGUGACAUAGAUGAAAAAACUGGCAAUGUAACUAACUGCUACUCAGUGGAAGCAUCCAUCUCCGGCAACGAUGCUGCCAAGAGACAGCGGUUUGCUAACCACGUCAGACAGGUUGGGAAGUCAAUAGUGCAGAGUGAUGACUUCUCGUUCGGCCACGUUGGGGUGGAGAAAUGCAGCUACCUCCUCCACAUAAGUGACAGCCUUGGAAAUGAGGAAAGGUGGCUAAUUGUUCAGCAAAUGGGUUUCGAGAACGAGGUUCAAACAAGCAUAGUCAACGCUUUUCGAAAUCGUGACCUUGGAAUGCUUCCGCGCGGUGGUUGUGCCUGUCCCUUGGAAACAGAAUCUAUGAAAGCACAAACGAGAAAAAAGAGAGCUUUCUGCUUUCUUCCACUACCACUGGAAACAGAUCUACCGGUCCAUAUUAAUGGUCAUUUUGCAUUGGACCACGAGGCCAGAAGAAACUUGUGGAGAGAUGAGAACGGUGGUUAUCGUAGUGACUGGAACAACGCUUUGCUGAGCGAUGUUAUAGCUUCUUGUUACUUGACGCUUCUGGACGAGGUAAGGGGUCUUCUUCACCUUCAAACUUCGCCUAUAAUUUCAACGUUUUAUCUGAGCUGUAGUAAAGAAGAAUUGAUUCAGAAGGUGAAAAGUUACGAAAAUCUGUUUCCCUGCACCUCCUUCAAUCCAUACUGGACGAUGCUGAUAAAAUCUGUGUAUCAAGGAAUGAAUACCAAAAAGUCACGCUAUCUUCCAGUGGUAAGAGAUUCUCCAGAUGGCAGCAGUUGGGAUUUCGAACUUACUUGGUUUCCUCCUUGUGGCACUGGAAAAGACAAAGCCUACUUUAAUGACAUCCAAAUUAAGGGUUGCUAUUCUUCUCUGCCAGAUGGAGAAGAGGAUGAAACCACAGAGGAAACAAGAUCUUUACAAAGAACUAUGGAGUCAAUACUACUUCAAACAGGCUUUAAUCUUUUGCAAUUUUCCUUGCAAAUUUUAGAUGCGUUUGAGAGUUCUAAGGUUGUAUGUUACCGUACAUCCCCUUCCGCUGUUGUUGAGUUCCUCAAGAGUUUCUUCACAAAUGUAACUUCUUUACCCACGGAUGUCGCGAAAACUCCAUUCAAGAACAGCGAGGGUGUGACAUUGGUGCUACGGUACUGCAAGGACUCAUGCAAAUUCUUAUCGAAUCUUCCAGGUCUACCAUUGUUACUUACCCAAGACAACUGCCUACGUGUAUUUAGCACAGAUGAUCGCAAGUACCUUUCCCACUAUCAUGACAUUUUGCCAGAAUCAAAGGACAUGUUCGUCCAUGAGAAACUUCUGUGCGAUAUUUUUCCUGAAAGGUUGAUUCAUAAGGCAUCCGUUUUCAUGGCCUUUAAUGUCUACGCUUUUGCACAGCACUUGAAAGGAACACUCUCGCUGCAACAUUUGGGGCAAAGUAGAGUAAAAGUGUGGUCACCAGACCAUCCCGUGGAACCAAACCAUCGGUGGAUUUUCAAAGUGUGGGGCUUUUUGGCUAAAUUAUGGAAGGAUAACCCGUGCGAAGCCAACAGUUUUGUCAUGCCUUUGUCUAACUGGAGCAUCAUCCCUGCCAUUGAGCAAGUUGUUUUAUCAACAGUGGAUAACGCAGGAGGCAAAGAUGUGACGAAACAACAAGUCCUUGUUCCAGUAAAGUUAGCAAAAUGUGUUCUUGCAUUCACAGAAAAUGAUCAGAAGCAAAGAGCACCUUUAGUAAAGGUUCUUAGAGCGGUAGGCCUUCUUGAGUUAAACUCAUUCGUCCUUUUUCCUUUAAACACACCUCCACCUGUGUUGUCCGAUUCUUGUAUAUUAGCAACGCAAGUUGUAGGGUCCUUGGAGACUCCAACAUCACUUCUUGCAGCUCUUGGUCACAAAUUGAGCUCGAACCCUCGUUUUCAAACAGGAACAUUGGGACGUAGUGACUGUCUAACAAUCCUUCAGUAUUUCAAUGACAGUGUUCUAGGAAGUCCAAUCCUCGACAAGUCCACGCUAAGGCGGCUUCCUUUUUAUCCGUCAAAAUCUGGUGACAUGAUCAGUCUUAGAGAUCAACGAGUUACCGUCCUAUCGUCUGAAAUACCACAAAUAGGGCUGGAUACUAUUCAGAAAGAGAGCGAUAUGAAGUUUCUAGAGGACAUUUCAGAGCUAUCAAAAUUAUACCGUUUUCUGGCAUUUGAUUGUCCUGGGCCUGUAGACGUCUAUCGCGCGUUUGUGUUGCCACAUUUCAGUACUCUUAGCAAGGAGGCGAGACAGACUCAUCUUGAGUAUAUCAAAGACAAGUUGCUGCCAAGUUUGUCAGAAAACAAUGAGGACAAGCGGAAGCUACUAGAAACACUGAAAACCACAGCAGUGAUUACCACGCACAUAGGAAUGCUGACAAAAGCAUCAACCUUCUACGAUCCGGAAAAUAAGGUUUUCAAAGUCAUGCUUGCAGAGCAUAUGUUUCCACCUGUGCCACUGAACUCAAAAGCCUGGUUGAAAUUUUUGAGAAAGAUUGGGCUGAGACAUCAAGUUCACACAAAUGAUUUCAAGGAAUUUGCAAAGAAAGUUGCACGUGACGCAGCAAAACAGCGCUCGACGGAGACAGAUGAACAGUCAAAACUGUUGGUGUCUGAAUUGCUAAGUCGUUCCGAUUUGCUUGGUGAGGGGCUUCUGGAAGCUGUUUGCGAUAUUGAGUUUGUGAUGCUAGAACCAGUCUGUAGUAAGCUUCAGGCUUUGUACAGGCAACAUGGGCAAAGAGAAGACGGAACACUACCAUACAUUGCAUUUGAGAACACAGUUGUUUCUGACCAUACUGAGUGUGUUUGGACAUCGGCCCUCCCCCUCCCUAAGUGGGCACAUCCACAAGAUCAAUCAGAUUUGAAGGUUCCCUUCUGGAUGUCUAGAGAGGAACUCUGCGUCAAAAUCCUCGAGCACCUCAAAGUCCUAUCAGAGCCAACCUUGGAAACAGUUACAUCUCACUGUCGCAAUAUUUGCUAUCGACUUGUGGAAGAAAAUGGCAGCCACGUCCCAGAUGAGCAGUGCAACACUAGGAAGUCUGUCAUGAAAAAAAUUUACAACUUUUUUCAAGAAAGGGUCAUCUUGAGAAAGGAUGGAAAAGUAGACCUGCAGGAUGUCCCUUGUAUAGUGGUAGAAAGGGGAGCACGCUUUGUCAGAGCUGAGCAAGUAGUCCUGGAAAUGUCUGAGGACCUUGAAAUAAAACCAUUUCUUUAUCGAGUACCGCCUGAUCUUGGAGAGUUUCAUGAAUUGUUUCUUCAUCUUGGUUGUACCAAAUCUGCUACAAUGUCACACUACGCCAUGGUUCUGGAAAUGUUGCAAAAGCAGAGUCUGGGUAAUAAACUGCACCCCAACGAAAUCAGUGAUGCGUUGGGCGCUGUGCGAGGACUACUGGAAGGCCUACAACAAGAUACAACUACAGACAUAAGUUUUCAACAACUCUUCUUACCAGCAAUGAAGCUCAGAAGAAGCUCAACAGAUUUACCUCCAGUUUCUCUGCAAAAGUCUUCUGAGCUGGUAUUUGAUGAUUCUCCUCAUUUUCUUCCUCGGUUAAGGAGAUUCAAUCAGCUAUUCGUUGUUGACUUAAAGAGGGUAGGUGUAAAGAGUAGUUCAUCCAUAAACUACAAAGAUCUUCUCAUGCGCCUUCCACCUUCCCUUCGACCCCAGAUGCUGUCUCAGGUGGUUACGGAGGAAUUUGUUGACUCUUCAGAGGGCAGUGAAUCUGCAGUUAGGCUUCGUAUCGCAGCUUCACUGGAAAGACAACUUUGCUCAGAGCAGUUCUUUCGUGGAAUUGUGAGGCUUAUUCGACAUGAGAACAACGAAAAUCGAAUUCUCAAUGAAGAUGUUCUCGCUUCUAUAAAAGACAGACUAAGAAGCAUCGAAUUUCUUGGACUAAACAGAAUUGAAACAAAACUGGUGUGUCAAGGUGUUCACAUUCCCGAUAGCAAAGUUGAAGUUUCGCACUUCGUAAACAAGGUUUCAGCAACAGACGGCAAAAGUAUCUGGAAGGUCUAUGUUAGAACUGAUGUAGAUGAAAACUUCUUCGAAUUAUAUUCGGCUGUAACGGAAGUGAUUGCUAAAGCAUGCGAAGGACUGUUAGGAGAAGCAGUGAUGUUUGUUCAAGAGAUGUUACGCAUCGAUCCCAGUCAGAUCGGGUCCAUGUUGGAUAAGAAGAACAUUAGGCAAGAUGAUACAUACAAUGGGUCCAGUAGCAAUCCCCUACCACUUCCCGGAAGUUUUAUACCAGUAGAAGACCACCAUCUCUUGAACGAAGAGUUUGAGAAAAUCGCACCAGGGGAGUUUGUUGGUUAUGAAAUGGAGGAUCCAAGCAUGCAACAGAGAGAAGGAGAUGCAACAUUUAUUUACGCCGUGAUAUUAAAAGAAGUAAAUGCUCAAGAAAACAGAAGCCUUCUUUCAAAGUAUUAUUUGGUCAACGUAGGCAACGACAAAGAGCCUCAAGAAGUCGAGUUUGCAGACUUGUAUAAGUUUCACCGACUCCAGUCUUCUCCGUUAGGCCUAUCAGAUGGGCUUGAGAAAGGUAACACUAAAGACAAAGAGAUGGUUUUUAAGCAGAUUACAGAGAUCCUGGUUGAAGCAUGGCAACUACCUGAAAAAAGGCGCAGGAAAAUUGUCAAGCGACUUUUCCUUAGAUGGCAUCCAGACAAAAAUCCUGGAGAAAAAUCAUUGUGCAACGAGGUUUUACAGCACAUCCAGGAAGAAAUAGCAAGGUUAGAAAGAAUCCAAGGCGACGUAAUAGAUGGCCAAAGCUGUUACAAACCGUUUUUUGAUUUCUGGAGAGUACGCGCCGAGCGUCAACAUAUGCAUCGCGAAAACUACAGGAAGAAGUAUCGACGAAUGUACACCUCUAGUGAUGAAGCCCUGAGAGGCGAUUCAUCUUCAGGUGUUCCCCCAAGUUUUUGCACGAAGAAUCCUCAGCCUGGUGAGGCUAGACGAUGGCUUAGACAAGCCGAGGCUGACCUGGUAGCUGCCAGUAAUGACUUAUCUAGUGGAAACCCAUCUUAUGAGUGGGCGUGCUUUAAAUGUCACCAGAGUGCCGAGAAGGCUCUGAAAGCAGCGCAAUAUGCAGAUGACGCAUUCAAGAUAAAUCGUCACGAUCUCAGACUAAAUGCCUCACGGCUGGACGAUUCCGAACUGUCGAAACUUGCAACUGAGCUGGAGAAUCGAUUGGUCGAUUCAACAAACAUGCGCUACCCAGAUCGACUGCGCUUUCCUCAGAUUCCAAAAGAUGUAUAUUCAGUUGAGGCCGCUAGAGAGGCCCUGAGACUAGCGAGAGAAAUUCUACAGAGAGUUCGAAAUUUGAUACCAAAAUAGACGUGGCGUUAAACACAUAUCAUUUUAAGAUGCACAGUAGGAAUACCUUUAGUAGGAACAAAUUUAAUUCAAACUACUAAGAAUAGCUUUAAGGUAAGAUAAUCGCAGUUAUUCGUUUUGUUCUUGGUUGUUGAUCAACAACCGCCUGGUUUUAUUCAAUGUUUGCUCACAAUCCGUUUAGUAGGUAUCUACAUUAAGCGAAUGUAAAGACGGGGAUGCUUUUCAUCAAUGGUAAUCGUAUCAUAUAAUGAUGAGACUGCAGAAGCAAAUAUAUGGAAAGUUAAUGUUUCUUACCUCAGGUCGUAGCCUUAAA